AUGUCACAGGUCCAGCAAUAUUGGCUCCCAGGCUAUGGUCUCUCAAGACACAUUGUGCUGGGCCAUAUUCAGUAUUUCCUUGGACCAUCAGCAACUGUCAGACCCUAUACUUACCAGGGGCGCGACGGCUAUCUCAUCAAUGGCAUGCCUUUGACACGGGAACAAAUCAAUGAUCUGGCCAUCAUGUCACGAGAGGAGUCAGAGCCGUAUAUCAACGAGAUAGUACCGGUGCGCGCCUUUGGGCAUCGCAGGCAGCCCGUUGACCACGGAGGGCGGCGUGGGCGAUGA